CGGGGACCACCCUCCGGGAGGGCUAGAGGUGGGGUGCUCGGAAACGGAGGCACUUCCGGCGCCCAGUCUCGACGGCUCCCGCUGGGGCUGUGCCCAUUACCCAGAGCGCGCGACUGAGACUGAGAGACAGCGUCGUGUUCGAGGCCACCCAGCUCCAUCCCUGCCCUGAGCAGCUUCCAGGCUUGGGGGUGACAGAACUGCUACGGACUCGCGCCCGCCUCCUCCCCUCCCCCGCCGCCGUUUCCCCGGCCACUUGCAGUGGGAUUAAGGCUGGGGAAAGGGACGACGGGCUGGGGGAGCCCAGAAGGGGGCGCGGGAGGGCUUCUUGGAGGAGGCGGCAUUGCGCUCUGUCUGUUCUCUCUUACUUUCACAUCCAAGCAACCAGCCUGCUGAGGGAUGCCCAAGAAGUUCCAGGGCGAGAACACCAAGUCUGCAGCGGCCCGGGCACGGAGGGCUGAGGCCAAGGCGGCAGCUGAUGCCCGGAAGCAGAAGGAGCUGGAGGAUGCCUACUGGAAGGAUGAGGACAAACACGUCAUGAGGAAGGAACAGCGCAAGGAGGAGAAGGAGAAGCGGCGCCUGGAGCAGCUGGAGCGAAAGAGGGAGGCCCAGCGCCUGCUGGAGGAGGAGGAUUUGAAGCUCAAGGGCAGCAAGGCCCCCCGGGUGGCCGUGUCCAACAAGGUCACCCGUGCCCAGAUUGAGGAGACCCUCCGCCGAGACCAUCAGAACAAGGAAGCCCCAGAAUCAGCUGAGAAAGCCAAGAGCCACUUGGAGGUGCCUCUGGAGGAAAAUGUGAACCGCCGUGUGUUAGAGGAGGGCAGCAUUGAGGCGCGCACCAUUGAGGAUGCUAUCGCAGUGCUCAGUGUAGCAGAGGAGGCGGGAGACAGGCACCCCGAGCGCCGCAUGCGAGCAGCCUUCACCGCCUUUGAGGAGGCGCAGCUACCCCGGCUCAAGCAAGAAAACCCCAACAUGCGGCUGUCGCAACUGAAACAGCUGCUCAAGAAGGAGUGGCUGCGCUCACCAGACAACCCCAUGAACCAGCGGGCUGUGCCCUUCAACACUCCCAAGUGAGCCCGACUGGGGAAACCGCUCCAUGGGAGGUCAGGGUUGUGAGCCGGCACCCCUCGGUUGGUCAGCUCCGAGGGUUACAGAGAGGGUGAGGGUUACAGAGAGGUCCGGGAGCCUGGGCUUCUGUCCUGGGAGCUAAGGGGCAUCAUUGGCUGUGCCUCCUGCUGAGGGUCCCUGCUCCAAGUGACAUCCACCCCCUUCCUGCGUGCAGCCCAGGGCUAAGUGCCCAAUAAAGGCAGUCUGUGAGGCAAA